AUGAGCGAUCUAAAUAUUUUAAUAAUUGGUGAUAAAGGAACUGGAAAAACAACACUUUCAAAUGCACUUUAUUCUCACCCUUCUGUAUUAAACCGUCAAAAAUUCAGUUAUGCAUAUGCAGAUUCUCAAAUAACCAAAGUCACAGAAGCAAAAAUAAAAUAUAAUCUACAUAUAAUAUCCACAUCUAAAUUCAUCUCAAAUAAAGAAGUAGAUGGUAAUAAAAAAGUAGAUGAUGAUAAUAACAAAAAAGUAAAUGAUAAUAAAGAAGAUGGUGGUAAUGAUGAUAGUGAUGAUGAUGAUAGUGAUGAUGAUGAUGAUGAUGAUGAUGAUGGUGAUGGUGAUGGUGAUGGUGAUGGUGAUGGUGAUGGUGAUAGUGAUGGUGAUGGUGAUGGUGAUGGUGAUGGUGAUGGUUAUGGUGAUGGUGAUGGUAGUGAUGAUAGUGAUAGUGAUAGUGAUGAUGAUAGUGAUGAUAGUGAUGAUAGUGAUGUUGAUUAUUUUGAAAAAAAAGAAUUUGAUUUUAUAAUAUGUUUAUUUGAUAUAACUAGUAGAGAAAGUUGGGGAUUUAUAAAAUCAUUUUUAUUAGAGAGUGAAAUUGAUAUUGAGUAUUAUUCAAUGUGUAAAAUUACAGUUAUAGGUUCAAAAGAGGACUUAAAUGAAUUAAUGGCUAUUGAAAAUGAAGAAUUGGAAAUAGUUUUAAAGAAAUUGAAAAUAAGUUAUCAAUUUGCAGAUUUAACAAAUCAAGAAUCAAUUACAUCUUUAGUAACCACUAUUUUCAAUAGAAUCUCUUCGAAUCAACCUUAUAUCGCAAACUCUUUUGCAAUCUCUUAUCAACCAAUUAGAAUUAAUAAAUUAACAUUUGACGCUUUAAAUCAUUUUAAAAGAAAAGAUUCAACUUUAGAACCAAUUGAUCAUUUUAAAAAACCACCAAAUUCAUUAUUAAAAUUAAUAAAUUCUGAAAGAAUUAUAGAAUCAAAUUUAAAAAAUCAAAUAAAAAUGGAACAACAACAAUACCAAGAUGAAAGUGAAAAUGAUUACUAUUAUUAUGAUAAUGUUUAUAAUAAAGAUGAUCAUGAUGAUGAUGAUGAUGGUGAUGGUGAUGAUGGUGAUGAUUAUGAUGAUGAUGAUGGUGAUGAUUAUGAUGAUGAUGAUGAUGAUGGUGAUGAUGAUGAUGAUGAUGAUGAUGAUGAUGAUGAUGGUGAUGAUGGUGAUGGUGAUGAUUAUGGUUGUGACUAUGAUGAUGACGAUGAAGAAAUGGAACUUGAAGAACAAAGCCAUCAAAAAUAA